AUGAUGGAGCCUCGGGCAACCUGCUCCAAGGCCCUUGUCUUGGACUUCUUCGCUGAGGCUGUGUUCCUGUUGGGCCAGGAGGCGAGCACCCGGACAGUCCAGGUGACGUUGGGCGAUCUGGUUGGCCAAGGAGCUUCUGCUGUGGUUCAUGCAGUGAACUCCUUUGUUAAAGUCGGCUCGGGCUACAAGCAUGAAGCUGAUGGCGAAGCAGACGAUCACCUCCUGGUGGCAAAGAUCUUCCGGCUCGAGAAGGGCACCGGCGUGCAGCCUGUGGAGCUUGCCAUCCACGAAGCAAGGAUUCUAGCUGCAGCUCGAGGUCAUCCAUCCAUCGUGUGCAGCUACGGGCUCUUUCGUGCCAAGAGCGGGGUCUCUCAGGACUUGCUCGGCACCUUCGCUCGGAAGGUCCGCCCCAGGGCGUGCCAAUCUCGAAGAGUGCUGCCUGGCGAUGUGGACGAUUUGCCGAUGCAUUUCUUGGUCAUGGAGCGAUGUGAAUGUAGCCUUCGCGAUCUGAAAGGGCUUCGUGACUUCACGGAACCAGAGGCAGCAGUCGCCGUGGCAGCGGUUCUGAGGGCACUGGCGCACCUCCACCGACUCAGAAUUGUGCAUCGCGAUGUGAAGCACGCAAAUGUCAUGGUCGCUGAUGGUGGCAAUCGUGUGGUUCUGGCGGACUUGGAGUUGGCGGCAGAAAUUCCACCAGAUGAUGCCACCAUCGAUUGGCCUUGUGGCACGCUUGGCUUCAUGGCCCCGGAGGUUCAUGCCUUCCAAAAGGGCUCGAGUGCCUCUGAUAUUUUUUCGCUCGGUGUGCUUCUGUAUCUCUUGGUCACCGGCUUUCAUCCAUUUCUGGAGGACACCCUGUCCGAGACUUGUGAGGCAACGCUGAGGCGGCAGAUACCGACUCGGCCUGCUGGUGUUCUGGCCAACACGAGCCAGGCCUGCGUCUGCUUGCUGGAGGACCUCCUCGACCGGGACUUGCUCAGGCGGAUCACAGCAGAGGAGGCACUGAUGCAUCCCUGGAUGUGCUUGGAGGAGCAUGGUUCUCUUUGCAGGUUCGUCGAGGAGUUCGUGUCUUGUGCAGGACAUGUCCAGACGGACACAUCGGCAGCGUGCGCUGAGGAGCCAAGUACAAGGCCACCAAAGGCAACGCCCAGGGAGCGCAGCAUAUGGAAGCUGUGGCGAUCCAUGAUCUCAGUCGCAUCGACGACCGCCUCCCGCGUGAUGGGCUCGAACCCGCUCGGCCGAGCCAAGACACAAGACUUUGAUCCGGUGCACCCCUGA